UUAGAGGCAGAAAACAGGAAAAAAAAAAUUCUGAACUAAUGGACUGCAGACACAGUACAGGAGAUGGCCAGAGACUGCGGACAGCACAGGGAUGACCAGAGACUGCGGACAGCACAGGGAUGACCAGAGACUGCGGACAGUACAGAUGACUGCUGACCUUUGGGGAAGUGGGGAGCGGGUACCUGAAUUUGACAGGUACCCGCUCUUACUUCCGCGGAGUUGUUCUUUCAUCUUACCUGUUCCUCUAUCCAGCCGCGCGCUGUCUUCCGUGUUGGCGCUCGGCAUGACAGCCGGGUGCCCAGUGCGCAUGAGCGAGAAGCACUUGCGCUUUGUGAUUGGUCCGGCGCUUCUGGGAUCUGUC